CCAGUGCGCACGUCCGACGCACCUUGACCAGAACCAUCAUGGCGCCCAUCAACCCGGAAUCGCUCAAGGUCGCUGGCGUCGUCAGCUUCUACAUGUCCGCCGCGCUCGUGAUGGUUUUCGUCAAUAAGGCCGUCCUCAAUAGCUCCCCCGACCUUCCCCUCCUCUUCCUGCUCGUCCAGCUGCUCAUCGCGGUCAUCCUCCUCCACGUCUCUGCGUUCUUCAGCUCAAAGAUCGCACUUCCCAAGCCCGACCUUGAGACGGCCAAGAAGCUAGUUCCUGUCGUGACUGUCAACAUCGUUGGGCUUGUCUUCAACACCCUAUGCUUGCGCGAUGUCGAGGCAUCUUUCUUCCAAAUUGCCCGUGGAUUGCAGCUCCCUCUCACGAUAUUUGUGUCGAGCGUGCACACCAAGUCCACACCUUCAAAGAAGGUUUUGGCCGCAGCCGGUGUCGUCACUUUGGGUUUCUUCGUUGGCGUCGCUCCCAACAAGGAUAUCCCCAUUACCGCGAAACCUUCUAUGCUUUCGCUCGUCUAUGGAGUGCUAUCCUCGCUCAUGAUUGCACUUCACGCCGUUCUCAUCAAGUCCUCCCUCCCUUACUGCCACAACUCGACCAUCGAACUCGCCUGGUGGACGAACGCCGGCUCGGCGAUACUCCUCUUCCCCUUCGUUAUUCUGACAGGAGAACCGAGUGUCCUCCGCACGCUCGCGAACUCCUCUACCUGGCAAGGCGGUGUCUUCCUGUGGGGUUGCCUGGUCACCGGCCUCUUUGGCUUCCUCCUCUGCGUUGCCGGUCUUCUCAGUAUAAAGGUCACGAGCCCCAUCACGCACAUGUUUUCCUCUGCUGCCCGCUCGGUCCUUCAGACGCUCCUCGGGGUCUGGAUCUUCCACGAUAUUCUGACAGUAAACCGCGCGAGUUCAAUCUUCAUUAUCCUUGCAGGCACGAUGUGGUACACAUGGAUCAGAAACACCGAGGCCGCGCAGGCACCGAAGAAUCCUCCGCCGCGCCGUGAUGUCGAGGCGGAGGCGGGUACGAGCGAGGAAUUGCAGCCCCUCAGCGCCGAGGACGAGAAAAGGGAAAGGGCGUAAUGAAUUCACUAACGCGGGGGGCACGGGAUGGGGGCCUGCGAACAUAGGGCGAAUUUACGCGGGAGACGGUGUGGAUCUCUGCCGAUGCUACUACCUGGAUGCAUCUGCCGCCCGAAUGCAUCUAGCAAUUGGCAGUUCGGAAGGGGCACGACGGGGGCGCGCUGCUCCCGCGAUACGAAGGUCGGGCGUGUUUAAUCUUGGAUGUGAUGCAUCUGUACCCUGCUGCUGUUGUACACUUCUUGUUUGUUUGUUGAUCUGUCCGUCGUACUCAGCUACGCCCCAUCUUGCUUAUUACUUAUCAACGACGGACGUCGGACACUCUGGACAUCCAUACAUUCGCUCAACAUGGACAUGUUUACUACUACUCCGUACUACUGCAGCUACUAGUCGGACUACUUACUCACGAAUUUAAGCGGAUCCCAUACAGCGACAA